GGACGGGACGGACGGACGGAGGGAGCCAGUGGCGGGGCCGGUGCCGGUGCGGAGGGAGCGGUGGAUCCCUCGAGCCGCUGAUUCCCCCCUCGGUCCCCUCCCUGCGCCCCCCACGCCGGCAGCCGCGAUGCCCAACUUCUCCGGGAACUGGAAGAUGAAGAGCUCGGAAAACUUCGAGGAGCUGCUGAAGGCGCUGGGUGUGAACAUGAUGCUGCGGAAGAUCGCGGUGGCGGCGGCGGCAAAGCCGGCGGUGGAGAUCCGGCAGGACGGCGAGAGUUUCUACAUCCGCACCUCGACCCCCGUGCGCACCACCGAGAUCCGCUUCAGGGUGGGCGAGGAGUUCGAGGAGCAGACGGUGGACGGGAGGCCCUGCAAGAGCUUGGCCAGGUGGGAGAGCGAGAACAAGAUGGUGUGUGAGCAGCGGCUGCUCAAGGGCGACGGGCCCAAGACGGGCUGGUCCCGGGAGAUGACCAACGACGGGGAGCUCAUCCUGACCAUGACGGCUGACGACGUUGUGUGCACCAGGGUCUACAUCCGGGAGUGACCCCCCCGCUCAGCUGACACCCCCAUAUUCCCCCCUCCCCCACCCUGGCUCCCCUCAGUCCCCUCCACUCGUCCCCCGGCCAUGGGGAGGGUGCUGCAUCUCCCCACGGGGGUACAUCAGCGAACCCCCUUUUUUUUGGGGGACACACACACACACACACACACACACACACACACACACGGCUCUCCCCCUCUCUCUGCAGGGCGGGGUCUCUCCAGGGGCAGGAGAAUCUCCUGUUCUGGCCCCGCUCAGCUGCGGACGAAGCGCUCGGGGCCUGGCGAGGUGCCGGGGUGCUGCGGGGGGUAACGCGGCCCCUCCCUGGCCUUGGGGCUGGUUUGAGCUGGUUUGGGUUCGGGUUGCUGUUGGUUCCCACAGCCCCCAGCCCUGCCCCGUGCCCCCUCCCCAGUAUUUAUUUGUGAAUAUUGUACCAGAAGGGAGCACCAAACCCCCCCCGCCUGGGGCAGUGCCAGGUCUGAGCCCCCCCAGGGUCCAACUUCCCUCUGCCACCUCCCCCCUUUUUCAAUAAACGUCUUAUGACUCCC